AGGAUCGCGGCCCCAGUUCUGGCCGGAAGGCUGGCGCCAGCGAGAGGGCCCGACGGGCCUUGAGCUCCGGGCGGCGCAGCAGCCGCCCCCCCCGUGGCCGCGGCCUCUGCGACGGGGGCGAGCCCGCGCAGUCGUGCCGCCUCAGGUGUCGAUCUUCGAUGCCGGCGCCGCGUUCCUGCAGCCCGCCGCGCUGGCACCAGGGGUGCUCGCGGUGGCCUCCUGCGACGGCCUCUUCGUCUCCGUGGACGGCAGCUCGUCGGAGCUGCGAGCCCCUCGCCACCGCCGCCGUCCAAGUUCGAGACCAGACGUACUCCAUCGAGUUCUUGACCGAGGUUCGCCGACAGAUGAUGCAAGCAGAAAAAGGCGGUCUACCGAAGACGGUGAAGCUGCCGCCGGGAGUCUGGCCCUCGGAGCGCCAGGCGGACGAGCCAGAAGUCACCGGCGACAACUCGGCCGAGGAAGCGGUGGAGAAGGGUCCUGCUGACGGGAAGUCCAGCAGCUGCCAGAAUGUCGGCUACUUCCCCAGCGCGGCGUCUGCGAAGUGGGAGGGCCCGGCCGACCCUUUGUGUGGCAAGAUCUUUGUCGGCCGCUUGGACCUGUCGACCACCGAGGAAACCAUCCGGUCGCAUUUCUCUUGGUACGGGACCGUCAUCGACUGCCACUUGGAGAGAGGCUGGACUGGACUCUCGAGGGGCUUCGGGUUCGUGCUGUUCGACAACGCCGCCUCCGCGAAGAAGGCGGUUGAAGAAGAUGGCCACCGUAUCGAUGGACGUUGGGUGGAGUGCAAGAGGUAUGUCCCGCAGGCGCCCGCGGCGGCGCGCGGCUCCUGCCUCCGCGCGGACGCCGACGCGUUCUACCCCAGCGUGCCGACGGAGGAGGCUGCCAGCCCAGCAGACAUUCUGGAGCAGGAUGCCCUGGAGUACACCGGCGUCCAUUGCGCGUGGACGCCGUGGUGCACAGAGGGGGCGUGGUCGGCGGAGGCGGACGGCGAGGAGGAGCCCGCGGCGGCCUGGUGCGCUUGGAUGGACGGGCGCCCCCUCGGGGCGGCGCCGUGCGGACCCGCAGAAGGCGUGGGACUGGCCCGGAGCGCAGGAGUCGUCGAUCAUCACGAAAAGUCAUAUCAUGCACACGGUCUUCUGCGAAGAGGGGACCCCAAAGAUCAUCUACGGGAGAACAGAGGCCUUGGAGGAGUAGUUCCGCGUCCUCGACGAGUGCGCCGUCGAGUUCUCUGAGACCCAAUAGGCAUCUAGAAGUGAUGGCAGUCGUGGAUGCGGCGCGAGCGGUAGCAGAGAGAUUGUUGCAGAAACGCGGUGGUGAGGCUCCUCCUAGUUUCAGAGCCGUUGAGUGUUUUCUGUCGUCCCAAGGCAUUCCCAGGGGCUCGGCCAAGCGGGAAUCGCUGCUUCGUAGCAGGCACGUGCAGGAGAUUCAUGGGCGUGUUUUCCACUACCACCACCAUACGGUGGAGUGGAAGGAGGAGCAGUAACACCCAUGGAUGGCCUGAUCUGAGUUGGUCCAGUUACGUUCGCUUCACAGGGUAUCGUGAUAUUAACAUGGCGUGGUGACGUCAGCCCGGCCGACUACCUGAGGAA